AUGUCAUUCAAGGUCAAUUGGGAUUCACUAGAUACCGAUUCUCUUGCUCAUUGGACUAAAGAUAUUCUCACUGAUGCUUUAAACUCGGGUAAAUCACCCAAUAUACUAGCAUCAAACAUCACCAUCAAGGAUCUAAAUUUUGGUAAAGUUGCUCCUGAUUUUGAAAUUUUGGAAAUUGGUGAAUUGGAUAAAGAUCGAUUUAGAGGUAUAUUCAAGAUUAACUACCAUGGGGAUUUUCAUCUUACGUUGCAUACACAAGUACAAGCUAAUCCAUUGAAUAUUUACUACUCAAAUUCAUUAGAAACUGAAGUUAAUUACCAAGGAGUAAACAUGUACAAUGAUGAGGAUAAUUCAUUUGUUACUCCACAAUUUGUUAUGGCUAAUGAGCAAUUUGCCAUACCAUUGGAUUUGAAGUUGUCUGAUAUCAAGAUUAAUGGUAUUGGUAUUAUUGUAUUUUCAAAAUCAAAAGGGUUAACACUUGUUUUUAGAAAUGAUCCUUUGGAUUCAAUCAAAGUUAGUUCAACUUUUGAUACGGUUCAAGUAUUGGCUAAUUUCUUGCAAAAGCAAAUUGAAUCACAAAUUAGAGACUUGUUUAGAGAGACGUUGCCAACCUUGAUUCAUCAAUUAUCAUUAAAGUAUCUUAGUCUCGAUAAUCAUAUGAAUGAGUUUAAAAAUAAAUUGGCAGCAAAUGCGACAGCAACAACUGAACCAACAACAUCAAUUGCAACUGAUGGAAGUAGUGAUACUACUAAUGUCUCACCUGCGUCAGCUUAUAAGAUGUUGGAAAAUGAUGAGGAUGUUUCAUUAGUUUAUUCAACAAAACAUUUGCAAAAAAUUCUUGAAUUGUUUAAAUCUCGUGAAACAAUGAGUUUGAAGUUACCCAAGUUCAAGCAUGUCAUACAAAGGACACACAUGGACAGAUUUGAUAAGAAUUAUCCUAAUUUGCUCAGCUCGUUGUCGGUUCAUAACAAUGAGGUGAGAAGGUAUAUUGGUUCUACUCCACAAGCCUUAAUUGCAGGUGGUACGCAUGCUAGUAGCAACAGUGGUUUCAACAAUAAUGGAAUUCCUAUUGAUAUACUAUUGGAUGAAUCGUUUAACGAGAAAGAUAAUCUUUUAAAGGAUAUAUCAUCAAUACAAGCUAACAAUUACUACAAGUAUGCCAAAGAUGCCCCAAUCAAGCCAAAGAGAAGAGUGAUUAAACUAGGAGGAAAGAGCAAAAAGAGUCAACACAAACAAGAGGGAGAAGUCACACCUGAAUCAUUGUCAUCAGAACCAGUUACCCCAACUUCAGUCAGUUCCAAUUCAACUUUAAUUGAUUAUGAACGUGCUGUUGGCGCUAAAACCCCAUCGAACAAGUCAGUUGUAGAGGAAUACAAGACUCCAGAGAAGCAACAACAACAACUCCCACAACGUCCUAAAUUACAACAAGUUCAAAAAUCGCCAAAUUCUUUGCAACACCCCACACCAAAGAAGUCACAUGACCCUCACAAUUACAGUCGCUACAACCAUCAUCAUCAUUCAACUUUCAACAAUUGUGCUAUCUACCAAGAAGUUAUUCGUUCGACUCAAUCUCCUUCUUUGAUUUAUGAUAAAGGUUUAGGAAGUGCUAGUGCUGGUGUGGGUGUGGGAUUAGGAAAUACUGGAUAUUUCAAUUUUGCACCACAAAGAACUAUAAGCACAUCUCCAAUAAGAAGAACAAAUAGCAGUCGUGAUAGGGGAGUCAGUUUAAGUGGUGAUAAAGAGCCCCAGUUGAAGGAAAAGAAGUCAAUCAAUCAUAUUGAUAUCAAUAAAGUUAAUCAAAGAUUAGAAGAGAGUUUGAAACCACAACAGAAGGAACAAAAGCGUAAUGAAGUUGAUGUUGCUAUUGUUGUAGAUGAAAAGAAAAGAGGUAGAAGUGGUGAAGACUCUGCUAAUGUUGCAUCUGCUCCAUCGUCGAGUCUUUUGCAACAAGAUAUAUUUAAUAAUGCUUAUGGACAACCUGUUUUCACUACUGCUCCUCCACCUUAUUAUCAUUGA